UUAUGUGUACUGGUGCUGUGUUUCAAAACGCAUGUUAUACAAUUGAAUGUAACAACAAUGAUUUCGAUGAUGCGGUGAUAAACUGUCAAUCAGUAAAUGCUGCCCUUGUAUCAAUUCAUUCACUGGAGGAAGACAACUUUGUCAAGCAACUUGUUAAAGAUUCUAAUUACAAUCGUGUAUAUAUAGGCCUCCAGCGAAUAGAUGAGGCUUUAUCAACUUACUACUGGAAUGAUAACAGUUCAGUUGAUUAUAUGUCUAAUGCAAGAGACCUCGAAACACAUCAUCAUCAGAGAUGCCACAUUAUAGACAAAUCUAGAGGAUAUGACUGGGAAGAAGAUGAAUGUUCUAAUGAAUAUUGUGGUAUGUGUAAAAAACAAG